AUGGCGGGCCCCCAGAGCGGGUCAUUGAGCAGGAGGCUGGCGAGGGACCCCCGCGCGCGCCGCCAUUUCACAACGCUUCACACACACCCCGGUGGCGCGGACGCGGCGCGCAUCGAGGUCCCGCGGCCGCCCUCCAUCGAGGAGUUCACUAUCGUGAAGCCCAUCAGCCGCGGCGCCUUCGGCAAGGUUUACCUGGGCCGCAAGGCUGGGCGCCUCUACGCCGUGAAGGUGGUGAAGAAAGCGGACAUGAUCAAUAAAAACAUGGUUCACCAGGUCCAGGCAGAAAGAGAUGCAUUAGCUCUAAGUAAAAGUCCUUUCAUUGUGCACUUAUACUACUCACUUCAGUCAGUCAGUAAUGUCUAUUUGGUGAUGGAAUACCUUAUUGGUGGAGAUGUCAAAUCUCUUCUCCAUAUUUAUGGAUAUUUUGAUGAAGAAAUGGCUGUAAAGUAUAUUUCUGAAGCAGCACUGGCUCUCGACUAUCUUCACAGGCAUGGCAUAAUCCACAGGGAUUUGAAGCCAGACAAUAUGCUCAUUUCUAAUCAAGGCCACAUAAAGCUGACAGAUUUUGGGCUUUCCAGAGUUACUCUGAAUAGAGAGAUAAAUAUGAUGGAUAUCCUCACUACACCAUCCAUGACAAAGCCAAAACAAGACUAUUCACGUACUCCGGGGCAACUGUUAUCUCUCAUCAGCUCUCUGGGUUUUUAUUCUCCUGCUGGAAUUGUGGGGCCCAAUUCCCAUCAAGCUUCUGAUGGUCUGCAUGGAGUGGUUUCUCCCACAUUUAUAGCUCAAAAGGAAAAUACUCCUCUUUCAGCAAAAUUAUUCAAAACAUGUCUUGAUAAUUCUGCAUUCUCCCCUGGGAUGCCGGUGAGAAGUUUAACUCCAUCUCUACUGCAGUCAAGGAGGUUUGGUACCUCCAGUGCCGGUACACACGUGUCCAGUAUGGAAUCCGAAUGCUGCAGCAGCCCCAGGUGGGAGAAAGAUGUAGAGCAAACUGAAGAUGAAUUGUGUUCUACAACAGGCAAUGCAAAUAACAGCGAGCCAACUCUCUCUUCUAAUGUGCAAUUACUGAAUGGCAAAGAUAUUAAAGAGUUAAAGAAAAAAGAACUGGAGUCGGCCAUUUCUCCCAUCAGUAGCAAUGAUUCUGGCAGCAGGCAGAAAUUAGUGCCAGGAUGUUCUGAUGUGAUGGGUACUCCUGUAACUGCACCGGAUGUGAAAGGCAUAGUCAGAAAAUGUCUCUCUGAAAAUAAGAUUUGGGAAGAAAAACUUAACACGAAUAAAAAUUAUACGACUAAUGAAAGAACAGAAACUUUGGAUCACCAGCAGUCACCUUCACUGCUGAAAGAUCCUCUCAAGUCUAGCAAAGAGGAAGAAAUUUUUGAAAAACCAGGUGUAAAAAGAAGCUUUGAACUAGUUGAUACUAGUCCUUGUCAGGAUCUUAACUAUGUUAAAAAAAGCAAUGCAGAAUAUAAACGUGGCUGUCACAUCUCAGAAUUUCAGGUAAAUCAAAGGUCAGGUUUGACAACAGAAAUUCAGUCUUUAAGGCUUCGUGAUGAGCUACAAGAGACGUGCAAAAGCAAGGAACAAAUUAAGGGCGCUAUUGGUAGGCAGCAAACACUGGAUAAAUCAGUUACUCCACUAAUAGCUAAAAAUCUUAUGUGUGACCUGGAUGCAGACUGUGACAAGAAUGAUAAGAAGGAGUAUAUGAACUCUAGUUUCUUAGGCAUGGAUGAUGAAAAGCCUCUAGGAAUCCUCAGUGCAGACUCUGAUUUGUCCUUUCCUGAAAUGUCUGUUACAGAGACCCAUUUAGAAAAGCAGCUCUUAGAUUUGGAUAAAAGUGUUAAAGACAUCUCCUUUGAAGAACCAAAACCUGAAGAUGUGCUACCAACAUCUCCAAACUUGCAAGGUGCUUCACAAAAUGGAGAAGAGCAUGUUGUCCAGGAUUGCAGGUUGUUGCAUCAUGCACAGGAUAAUGACCAAAAACAUGCGACAGAAACUCACCUGGAGACAGUGUCUUCUCCUUCAGAAAACAUGGUGAAAACAGUGAACCUCUUCAAAAGAAAUGCUGUUGCUUUCCGAAGUUACAACAGUCCUAUUAAUGUAUCCAAUGCAUCUGAGCCAUGUAGUAUGGCUUCCUUGGAUAUGAUGGAUUUUUCACCUGCUUGUAGUGGAUCUUACCCCGCAGCUAUCACUCCAUUACAGAAAGGAAGACCUCAUAGGGUGUAUCAGACACCUCAUCAGGGAGACGCUGGCACACCGUACAGGACCCCAAAAAGCGUAAGAAGAGGAGCUGCACCUGUAGAAGGUGAACGUAUCUUGGGGACUCCAGACUACCUGGCACCCGAGCUGCUUUUGACAAAGCCUCAUGGUUCUGCUGUCGACUGGUGGGCCCUUGGAGUUUGCCUGUUUGAGUUUCUAACUGGAAUUCCACCUUUUAAUGAUGAAACACCAACACAGGUCUUCCAAAAUAUUUUAAAAAGAGAUAUUCCCUGGCCAGAGGGUGAAGAAAAGCUCUCUGAAAAUGCCCAAAAUGCAAUAGAUAUUCUUUUAACAAUUGACAGUGCCAAGAGAGCUGGACUGAAAGAGCUGAAAUGUCAUCCCCUGUUUCAUGGUGUAGACUGGGAUAACCUACAGCAUCAAACUAUGCCUUUCAUACCUCAGCCAGAUGAUGAAACCGAUACCUCUUAUUUUGAAGCUAGGAAUAACGCUCAGCACCUGACUGUGUCUGGAUUUAGUUUAUAGCAUCAAGAUAAGUGAUUUUUUGCACACUUACGGGUUGUCCGAUAACACUAGUUUGGUCUUGCUAAGUUUUCUUGCCAAAUUUAGAGUGUUUUAAGUGAUCAAUCUGCUUUUACUAUUGGUUUCUUUAUUCUAAAGCGAAACUACUGUACAAAAUUUAGUUGGUAUCAAGUGCCUUUGUGCUACUUUUUAUUUAUCUCACUGCACCUUACUGAGAAGUCAGAGUGUUGUAUUUCUUUAACACUUUACUUGGCAAAACAUUGUUCUUUUGUUCACUGUUUUUAACCAAUGUGUAACCAUU